AUGGCGGAGCUGCAGAUGCUGCUGGAGGAGGAAAUCCCGGGGGGCCGCCGGGCCCUCUUCGACAGUUACACGAACCUGGAACGGGUGGCAGAUUACUGCGAGAACAACUACAUCCAGUCAGCAGAUAAGCAGCGAGCUCUAGAAGAAACCAAAGCCUACACCACCCAGUCCUUAGCAAGUGUUGCCUAUCUGAUAAAUACCUUGGCCAACAAUGUCCUACAGAUGCUGGAUAUUCAGGCAUCCCAGCUGCGAAGGAUGGAAUCUUCAAUCAAUCAUAUUUCACAAACUGUUGAUAUUCAUAAAGAGAAAGUUGCAAGAAGAGAGAUCGGUAUUUUGACUACCAAUAAAAACACUUCAAGGACACAUAAAAUUAUUGCUCCGGCCAAUCUUGAACGACCAGUUCGUUAUAUUAGAAAACCUAUUGACUAUACAAUUCUAGAUGAUAUUGGACAUGGAGUAAAGUGGUUGCUUAGAUUUAAGGUGAGUACCCAGAAUAUGAAGAUGGGUGGGCUGCCGCGUACGACACCUCCAACUCAGAAACCCCCCAGUCCCCCCAUGUCAGGGAAGGGGACACUUGGGCGGCACUCCCCCUAUCGCACACUGGAGCCAGUGCGUCCUCCAGUGGUACCAAAUGAUUACGUACCUAGCCCAACCCGUAAUAUGGCUCCCUCGCAGCAGAGCCCUGUGAGGACAGCUUCUGUGAAUCAAAGAAAUCGAACUUACAGCAGCAGUGGGAGUAGUGGAGGAAGCCACCCGAGCAGUCGGAGCAGCAGUCGGGAGAACAGCGGCAGCGGGAGCGUGGGGGUUCCCAUCGCUGUUCCCACUCCCUCUCCUCCCAGUGUCUUUCCAGCCCCUGCUGGCUCUGCUGGUCCUCCUCCCCUUCCUGCUACUUCUGCAUCCGCCCCUGCCCCUCUUGUUCCUGCUACUGUCCCUUCCUCCACCGCCCCAGAGGCUGCUGCUGGGGGGGCCCAGACCCUUGCUGAUGGCUUCACUUCUCCAACUCCCCCUGUUGUUUCUUCCACUCCCCCGACAGGUCAUCCUGUUCAGUUCUAUAGCAUGAACAGACCCGCCUCUCGCCAUACUCCCCCAACAAUAGGGGGCUCAUUGCCCUAUAGACGCCCUCCUUCCAUAACUUCACAGACAAGCCUUCAGAAUCAGAUGAAUGGAGGACCUUUUUAUAGCCAGAAUCCAGUAUCUCUUGCUCCUCCUCCUCCCUCCAUCCUACAGGUAACUCCUCAGUUACCUUUAAUGGGAUUUGUGGCCAGAGUCCAAGAAAAUAUUUCAGAUACACCACCUCCACCACCACCUGUGGAAGAACCGGUCUUUGAUGAAUCCCCUCCCCCACCUCCUCCCCCAGAAGAUUAUGAAGAGGAGGACGCAGCUGUGGUUGAGUAUAGUGAUCCUUACGCUGAAGAGGACCCACCAUGGGCUCCGAGAUCUUACUUGGAAAAGGUUGUGGCGAUUUAUGAUUAUACAAAAGACAAGGAAGACGAGCUGUCCUUUCAGGAAGGAGCCAUUAUUUACGUCAUCAAGAAGAACGAUGAUGGUUGGUAUGAGGGCGUUAUGAACGGAGUGACUGGGCUCUUUCCGGGCAAUUACGUGGAGUCUAUCAUGCAUUAUUCGGAGUAAAGCUCAGCAGGGCUGCGUUUCCCUCGCAGGAACAGUCAGGUCUUCCCAGAUUAGCGAAAGGCCCUGGGGAUUCCCCUCCAGUGAAAUGAAGGAAG